AUGUAUGUUAGCAGGAUAUUCUGUAUUUUUAUUCCAGUGUCUAUGCACAUUCCCAAUAUUGAGUGCGUCUUUCAAUUUUCUGAGUGCUAUUUCAGAUUCAAAGAGAAUUUUCAUUGUGAAGGAGAUGUGGUAAUUGGUGCUUUUUUCCCACUUUAUACUUUCUACACUGCAAACAAAGCUGCUUAUGGAAAUGUGGUGAACUACUACAAGGAUUUUUACCUACAGUAUAAGUUUAAGAACUACCAGUUUGUUUUGGCAUUGGUAUUUGCUAUUGAAGAGAUCAAUAGGAAUUCUCAUCUUCUAUCCAACAUAUCUCUGGGAUUUGAUGUUUAUAAUGUCCCAUACACUGAAAAGAACACUCUUAUGAGUACUUUGAUUUGGCUCACAGGGCAGAGAAAUUUCAUGCCUAAUUACAACUGUAAAAUGAAUAGAAAGUCAGCUGCUGCAUUAACAGGUACAUCAUGGGCAACAUCUGCCCAGAUUGGGACACUCCUGCAACUGUACAAGUUCCCACAGCUCACUUUUGGGCCUUCAGAUCCUAUCUUGAAUGACAGGGGUCAGUUUUCUUCUCUCUACCAAAUGGCUCCGAAUGACACAUCUCUGUCACUUGCCAUGAUCUCUCUGCUGCUUCAUUUCAAUUGGUCCUGGGUUGGCCUGCUUCUCAUAGAUGACCACAAAGGGACUCAGAUACUGUCACACUUGAGAGAAGAAAUGGAUAGGAACAGAAUAUGUCUAGCUGUUGUAGAAAUGAUCCCAGUCACCUGGACUUCAUUUUCUUAUAAUUUCUGGAAACAUUUAAAAAAGAUCCAGGAAUCAUUGGCCAAUGUUUUUAUUAUUUAUGGGGACACUGAUUCUCUCCAAGGUUUAAUGGGCAAUCUAGGCCAACAAUUAAUAACACAGAAAGUCUGGAUCAUGAGUUCACAAUGGGAUAGUACAAAGCAUGCUGAUUAUUUUCUGUUAGACUCAUUCCAUGGGAGUCUCAUUUUUUCACACCAUCAUGAAGAGAAUUUUGAAUUUUCCAAUUUUAUCCGAACUGUUAAUCCUUCCAAAUACCCAGAAGACCCUUAUCUUCUUAAGUUGUGGUAUGUACUUUUUAACUGCUCAUUUUCUAAAUUUGACUGUCAACUUUUGGAGAACUGUCAGCCAAAUGCUUCCUUGGAACUGUCCCCUACAACCAUCAUUGACAUGAGCAUGAGUGAAGAGAGUUAUAACAUAUACACUUCUGUGUAUGCUGUGGCCCAAACUCUUCAUGAGAUGAGUCUUCAAAAAUAUCAAAUGCAAUCACAUACAAAAGGGGAAGAAAUUGUCUUCUUUCCUUGGCAGCUUCACCAUUUCCUGGGGAAGAUUCAUAAAGGAGACCACAUGAGUUUAGAAUGGAAAUGGAGGUUAAUUGAAGACUAUGAUAUUCUCAACUUCUGGAACUUUCCAAAGGGUCUUGGACUAAAGGCAAAAGUGGGAAGCUUUUCUCUGAAUGCUCCCCAGGGUCAACAAUUAUCUUUAUCUGAGCACUUGAUACAAUGGCCAACAAGAUUUUCAAAGAUUCCUCAGUCUGUGUGCUAUACGAGCUGUGGGCCAGGAUUCAGGAAAGCCACUCAGGAGGGUAGCAUUGUCUGUUGCUAUGACUGUGUUCCUUGUCCAGAGAAUGAAAUUUCCAAUGAGACAGAUGUUAAUCAGUGUGUGAAGUGUCCAGACACACAUUUUUCAAAUACAGAGAAGAACAACUGCCUGCAGAAAUCAAUGAGCUUUCUUGCAUAUAAUGACCCUCUUGGCAUGGUCCUAACUACCAUAGCCCUAUGCUUCUCUGCCUUUACACUUGCAGUUCUUGGCGUCUUUGUGAAACACAGAGACACUCCAAUUGUCAAGGCUAAUAAUCGCAUUCUCAGUUACAUCCUGCUCACAACACUUGUUGUCUGUUUCCUUUGUUCCUUGCUCUUCAUUGGUCAUCCCAACACAGCAACCUGUACCAUGCAGCAGACCACAUUUGGAAUUGUGUUCACUGUGGCUCUCUCUACUGUCUUGGCCAAAGCUAUUACUGUUGUUAUGGCUUUUAAGGUCACAUUUGCAGGGAGAAUAAUGAGGUGGUUAAUGGUAUCAAGGGCCCCAAACUACAUAAUUCCUAUCUGUACCCUGACCCAAAUUGUGCUUUGUGGAAUCUACCUGGGAAUCUCUCCUCCCUUCCUUGAUCAAGAUCCACAUUCUGAACAUGGCCACAUUCUUAUUAUUUGCAACAAGGGUUCAGCUGUUUUCUUUCAUUGCACCCUGGGUUACCUCUGCUUCUUGGCACUUGGAAGCUGUGUCAUGGCCUUCUUAUCUAGGAAUCUUCCAGAUACUUUCAAUGAAGCAAAACUCUUGUCAUUUAGUAUGCAGGUAUUUUUCUGUGUCUGGGUUACCUUCCUACCUGUCUACCACAGCACCAAAGGAAAGGUCAUGAUAGCUAUGCAAGUCUUUUCUAUCUUGGCUUCCAGUGCAGGAAUCUUAGGCUUCAUCUUUGCCCCCAAGUGCUACAUUAUUUUGUUAAGACCAGACCAGAACUCGUCAUAUAGGGACACAGCAUAUUCAAGAAGAAAUAAACCAUUUUAA